AUGUCUGGGAAUGAGAUCAAUUAUUCGACGGAGAAGGAGAUCGGCCACGUCCCUGAGAAGGAAAUCGCACCUACACCGGAUUACACCCACGAUGGCCCAGUGGACGGAGAGUUGGUCAACGCUUCGGGCCAUCGCCAAGAACUAGAGCGGAACUUUGGCCUUCUCAGUAUCUGUGCGGUAGCCGUGACCACCGGAAACACAUGGAUUGCCCAAGGUGGUAGUGUGGUUGUGGCAUUAAGUAACGGUGGAUUGGCAGGAACUAUCUAUGAAUUCAUAGCCGUGUCUAUCUGCUACUGGCUGGUCGCCGCAUCUAUUGCCGAAUUGGCAUCGGGUAUGCCCUCAGCCAGUGGUGUCUAUCAUUGGGCAACUAUCACUGCCGGGAGUAAGUACGGUCGCGUGUGCGGAUUCUACGCUGGAUGGUGGAAUUGCCUGGCUUGGAUUCUCGGUGCCGCAUCCAUGUCUUUGAUUCUGGCUCAGCAGACCGUGUCUAUGUAUCAAUUGAUGCAUCCCGACUUCGUGCCCUCACAAUGGAACGUCUUUAUCAGCUUUCUCCUCAACACCUGGGUCUGUUGCGCUAUUGUGUUGUUCAUGAACCGCUUCCUACCUCACAUUGGAAACCUGGGCUUGUUCUUCAUUCUCGCUGGUGUGUUCGUGACCAUCAUCGUGUGCGCUGUGAUGCCUCAUGUGAACGGCUCUGGAUAUGCCACCGAUAAGCUCGUGUGGGCAACUUGGGAAAACGGAACCGGUUAUGCCCAGCAAGGAUUCGUCUUUGUCGCUGGUAUGCUCAACGGUGCUUACAGUGUUGGCACCCCUGACUGCUCGUCUCACUUGGCUGAGGAAAUCCCCAAGCCGAGUCGAAAUAUCCCGAAGGCUAUCCUGGCCCAGAUGGGUGUCGGUUUCGUCACUGGUAUCUGCUAUAUGAUUGCAAUCUUCUAUUCCAUCAACGACCUCGACCAGGUGCGCGACGCGACCACCUUCUUCCCCCUGGCUGAGAUCUACCGCCAAGCCACCGGCUCCCGUGGCGGCGCUCUGGGUCUUCUGAUCGUCGCUUACCUGCCUACCUUUAUCACUGCCUGUGGCUGUUACAUCACCGCCGGCCGUACGCUCUGGACUAUUGCUCGUGAUGGCGCCACUCCAUUCUCGGGAUGGGUUGGACGCAUCAGCCCCACGUUCAAGAACCCCUUCAACGCCACCCUGAUCUGCACCGGCCUCGUCACCAUCCUGGCGUGCAUCUACCUCGGCUCGACUACCGCCUUCAGCGCCUUCGUGGGAUGCUUCGUGCAGUUGUCCAGUCUUUCGUACUUCAUGGCCAUUUUCCCUCACAUCUUGACCCGCCGUUCUUCCUUCGUUCCUGGAUACUUCCACAUGAAUGACACAAUUGGCUACAUCGUCAACUCCCUGGCCUGUGUCUACAUCAUCGCCUUCGCUAUUAUCUUCUGCUUCCCUUACGCUCUGCCUACUGAUGCCGCGUCGAUGAACUAUGCCAGUCUGAUGACUGGUGGUCUGUCUAUUUUCGUUACCGUCUGGUGGUUCGUCCACCAGGGCUCCUACGAGGGCCCGAAGCAUGUCCCGUUGACCGACAAGGCCCUGGCCGACGAUGCUCGGAACUCCGCUACAACUUCCACCAACACUCCCGACGAGCCCAGUCGUCCUACCAAAAAGCCCCGCCUCGAAGACGAACCAUCACCUAAGGAUGUGCAAUCACCGAUAGCCAGUCGAAAGCCACUCCUACAAGUCAACAAUCGAAGAUCCGACAGCACAACACAGUCAUCAUCCGGUGAAAAAGAUGAUACAUCCGACGAAAGAUAUUUCAAUGUUCUCUGGCGCAAACCAAGCGCCAAAAAGCACAAAACAUGGGACGGAGAUGGAAUCCUCUCCACCCGCGGGGAGUUUGUGUAUCUACGAGACAUUGCCGGGAAGGAGAUGGGACGGAAGGUGCACGAAGCCCGCCUCGAACCGGGAACAACACUGUCUAUUUCCGGCAAAGAGGUUGAGAUAGACUCCGAGAUUUCGCGCAAGGAAUACCUCUCCGGCAGAGUGUUCCUGGAAGCCACGAAGUCAGCACCUACCUCUACGCCGGACCCUGUGCCCACACCCAAGAAAGAAGCCCUCCCCGCCCGAAAGAAGGGUGAAGUACGCAAACCUACGGCUGCUGAGCGGACACAGUCCCUCAAGCGCUCGCUAGCUCUCGUUACAAACCCCAAUGCGAACCCUGGAACUGCACCGGCGAAAUUUGCGGCUUAUAAGGCACCGCUGCUUGUGAACACGGUUACCCCCAAGGUUAUGGGGAAGGUCGUUCCGCGUCAUGACCCCAAGGCGGUUGGUGCGUUAGUUAUGCCGCGGCCGAAGUCUGUGCCGAAGGGGAGGCAGGUUGUGGAUGUUGUUGUUGAUCCUCUCUUGACCAAGAACUUGCGACCGCAUCAGCGUGAGGGUGUGAAGUUCUUGUAUGAGUGUGUGAUGGGCAUGCGGUCGUUUAAUGGUGAAGGUGCCAUUCUCGCAGAUGACAUGGGCUUGGGAAAGACUUUGCAAACUAUUGCGCUGCUUUGGACUCUGCUCAAGCAGAAUCCUGUCUUUGAAGCCCCGCCUGUUAUUAAGAAGGCAUUGAUUGUGUGUCCUGUCACUCUUAUCAAUAACUGGCGAAAGGAGUUCCGCAAGUGGCUCGGCAAUGAGCGCAUCGGAGUUUUUGUCUUUGACGACAAGAGUAAGCGUCUUACUGAUUUCACCAAGGGCCGGGCUUAUAGUAUCAUGAUUGUUGGAUAUGAGAAACUCAGAACGGUCCAGGAAGCUUUGGCGAAUGGUUCUGGUGUCGAUAUUAUCAUCGCGGACGAAGGCCACAGGCUCAAGACCUUGCAGAACAAAAGUGGUCUAGCGAUCCAAUCGCUCAGCGCCGUGAAGAGAGUGAUUCUCUCCGGCACGCCAAUCCAAAAUGAUCUGAGAGAGUUCUUUGCAGCCGUGGACCUUGUUAAUCCAGGGAUCCUGGGGACUUUCAAGUCCUUCAUUCGAGAGUUCGAGACCCCAAUCGUUCGCAGCAGACAGCCCGAAGCAACGCGAAAGGAAAUCGAGAAGGGAGAGUCCAGAGGCGAAGAGCUGCGAGAACUCACCUCCAAAUUCAUGCUCCGCCGAACAGCAGACAUCCUGGCCAAAUACCUUCCCCCAAAGACCGAAUACGUUCUCUUCUGCAAACCAACCCGCCCUCAGGCCAACAUCUACAAAGCCGUCCUCGCCUCCCCCAUUUUCCAAACCGCAAUGGGCAACGCUGAAAGUGCCCUGCAGCUAAUAACAAUCCUCAAAAAGCUCAGCAACAGCCCUUCCCUCCUAACCGCGAAAAACAACAACAACACGCCCAACGAAACAAUGACCGCCCUCAUCGCCUCCAUUCCCCAACCUCUCCAUCGCCACUUAUCCCCCUCCUCGAGCGCAAAAAUCCGCGUCCUUGACCAACUCCUCGACACAAUGCGCAACAAAACAGACGAGAAAAUCGUGCUCGUCUCAAACUACACCUCAACCCUCUCCCUCCUCGCAACCCUCCUCACCUCCCUAGGUCUCCCCUACCUCCGCCUCGACGGCAGCACACCCGCCCAGAAACGGCAGGGCCUAGUAGACGACUUUAACCGUCUCCCCGCAAGCUCCUGCUUCGCCUUCCUGCUAUCUGCGAAAGCAGGCGGGACAGGUCUCAACCUGAUCGGCGCGAGCCGUCUUAUCCUCUUCGAUGUAGACUGGAACCCGGCAACGGAUAUCCAGGCUAUGGCACGUAUUCACCGCGACGGCCAGAAACGACCUUGUCGCAUCUACCGUGUUCUACUCAAGGGCAGUCUCGAAGAGAAGAUCUGGCAGAGACAGGUUACCAAGCUUGGUCUUGCGGAUAGUGUCAUGCAGGAGAGGAGCACCAGUAAUAGUGGUGCGCAGUUCUCAGCUGCUGAACUCAGGGAUUUGUUCAGGCUCGACGAGGACAGGGCUUGUCAGACGCACGAGUUGUUGGGUUGUCGGUGUGGUGGACGGGGUGUUCCGGCUGACGUUGAGGCUUCUUCGUCUGGGGCUGCGACACCUGCUACUGUUGAUGCUGGGUCUGAGGUUGAGGACUUGUCGGAUCCUCCUUCUGACUUUGAUGAUGAUGAUGAUGAUUAUGAUUCGGAUGAGUCGCUGCCGAAACCUCAUACUCUUGUUAAAGCUUCUGAGGUCGAUAUGGAGAAACAAGAAAAGUCUAUCCGGGACGGCACUCAUCGUGCCAAGAUAGCUAGGAAGGGAAAGAAAAGUACGAAAGACAAAGAAAGCGAGACUAAGAGUCCCAAAGAUAAGAUGCACCAGUCUUUGGCUCAGUACUCGCACAUUGACCCGUCUCUGCUUGCAGCUGAGUCCGAUUCUAAUGAGGCUGGGGCUGAGGAUGAGGAGCUUGAAGCUGCCAUUGAUGAUGAUGUGUUGGUUUCUAUGCUGAAGGAUGAGUGUAAUUUGAUUGGGUAUGUUUUCAAGAAGACCAAUGGCGCGGAAAUGAGGAGUUAG